ACUGUACUGUAUGUAACACGCGGUACUGUACUGUAUGUAACACGCGGUACUGUAUGUAACACACGGUCUGUAAUGUCUGUUUGUUUACUUAAAGAGUGUCCUUUAUUGGUUGCGCUGAAUAAAGACAAAACUAUUUACGAUGGUUUUAUCUCAGUAAAGGAAAGAGACUUCAGGUUAAGAAUAACGCUGCCUCCAGACCAGCACCUGAAACAGGCAAAAUUGCACUGCUGCUGGGAACUGAAACUGCUGCUAAAAGACCAUCAGCACAUCCUUAAACAGAGGUUACAACAUUCUUCAGAUUUGGUCGGGUUUCUUCUGGAGCUGAGGACUGUGUUGGAAGCAGCAUUGAAAAGGCAGCCAGGCUGGCAGUCCAUCCCACCACCGCAGUACUAUUCACAGCUCAUCACAGAGAUCGAGAGUUUAGGAUGGGAUAAGCUGAUCUUCAUUGACACCGACUUCCACAUUCUUAAGUUGAAGGCAGAGGACUCGUCUCAUCGUCAGCAUGUCUUUACGGUCAAGCUUAAAUCAAAGUACCCAGCAGAAGCUCCAGAAUGUUCUGCAGACCUGCCUGUCCCAUUGGUCAUUACAUGGAACCCACAGAGCAAUUUAGCCCACAUGCAUAGCCAGUUCCUGCUGAUUGUGGAGGCUUUGGCUGAAUUCUGGGCAGUGAUGGAUGAGAUUGAUGAGCACACCUGGGUGCUGGAACCUGAAAAACCCAGCAGAGCAGACACUAUGAGAAGGAUCGCUAUUGGAAACAACAUCUCCAUAAAGGUUGAGAUCGACCCCAGGCACCCAAAGAUGUUGCCAGAAUGCUGCCUGCUUGGAGCUGAGCAUGUGGUAACCCCCCUGAGGAGUAAGCUGAACGCGAACAUGCAUUUAUGGAACCCUGACUGCAGCGUCCUGCAGAACAUGAAGGAUGUUAUGGAGAUAGAAUUCCCGUCACCUGCCACCCACGAAAAAUCUAGUUUUAGUGCAGAGUGCGGCAUCUGCUAUUCAUAUCGCCUGGACUCUGCCAUUCCAGAUCAGGUGUGCAACGAUCCACGCUGCGGGCAGCCUUUUCAUCAGGCCUGUCUCUAUGAGUGGCUGAGAGGUUUGCCCACCAGUCGGCAGAGCUUCAACAUUGUGUUUGGAGAAUGCCCUUACUGCAGCAAGCCCAUCACCGUGAAAAUGGCCAUUCAAAAACCGUGACCAGUCUGUAAAAUGGAUGCCAAGUUUCAGAAGGACAAGUAAUUUUGUUACACUGGAAUUAAAAACUGAACACCAUGUGCUUAAAAGACAAUAAAAGCAACCAGAAAAAGGAAGAGUGCAACAGUAAUGAUGCAUGCAUACAUUUUACAACUCCACUGUAUUAAAGGCUUGUCUUCUGA